AUGCCUUGUCCCAAGCACUGCAUCUGCUACACCUCUCCCAGCACCGUGUCCUGCCAGGCUCACAACUUUCACGCCGUCCCUGAGGGCAUACCGGCGCAGAGCGAGCGAGUCUUUCUGCAAAACAACAAAAUCCAGCGGCUCCUGCGCGGCCACUUCUCCCCCACCACCACCAUGCUCUGGCUGUACUCCAACAACAUCUCCUACAUACAGCCGUCCACCUUCCACGGCUUCGACCGCCUGGAGGAGCUGGACUUGGGGGAUAACCGGCACCUCAAGGCCCUGGCCGCGGACACCUUCACCGGGCUGGGGAGGCUUCACGCGCUGCACCUCUACCAUUGCGGCCUGAUCACUCUUCCCCAGGGGAUUUUCGCAGCCCUCCAUAAUCUCCAGUAUCUGUAUUUGCAGGACAAUCAGCUGGAGUUUCUGGAGGAUGACCUGUUCAUCGAUCUGCUGAACCUCAGCCACCUGUUUCUCCACGGGAAUCGUCUGUGGAGCCUCCGACAGAACACCUUUCGAGGACUGGGCGUUUUGGACCGGCUGCUGCUGCACCAGAACAAGAUCCAGUGGAUUGAUCGGCAGGCGUUCCACGACCUGAGGCGGCUCACCACUCUGUUCCUCUUCAACAACUCUCUGACGGAGCUGUCGGGCUCCAGCAUGACGCUGCUGCCGGCUCUCGAGUACCUACGACUCAACGAUAACCCCUGGGAGUGUGACUGUAAGGCCCUGUCUCUGUGGGACUGGCUGAGGCGCUUCAGAGGCUCCACCUCAGAGCUGCUGUGCUCCUCUCCUCCGGAACUGAGGGGGAAGGACCUGAAGAGUCUGAAGAAAGAGCAGCUUCCCUCCUGCUCGGCUGGAGAAGGACAUCCACACCCAGGACAUGAGUUGGACCAGGGCGAGUCCCUCAACCAUCUCAACCGUCACCGAAACCACCAUAACCACCACCAACGGCCCUACCUGCCUCAUGGUGACCAGUACAGCCUGCCCUCCCCCUCCCCCCUGCCCCGACCGCCCAAGGGGGCCCGCAGAAACUGUACACGCCGGGGCCGCAAGGCCAAGGGCGGUCUGAACGAGGUGCAGAUCCUCAAAGAUGACAAAGACUACACUCCAGACGGAGGCAAAUAUGACCUGUCUCCUUCGGGACGCAGAAAGAACAAGUGCAUCCCCAGGACUUCAGUGGGCCCCCCUAGUGGGGUGCAAAGGGUGAAUAACCAGGCCCCGGCCCUCGCCUGUCUGUGGCUGCCCCUUCUGCUUUCUCUGCUCUGUGUUCUCUUUCACUGA